AUGCCCUGCUUGCACAUGCUGCCGCACGUGGCAUCCCAUGCACACGCUCGUGAUCGAGGAUGCGCCUCUGCCUCGUUCGGACGGCUGCCUGCGCGGCUCCCCCGGCAAACGAGUGUGGGCCUGAGAAAGGUUCCGGCCCGCGCGGGGGGCGGGGACGACGAUGUGCCGGCCCGAAUCACCGACACGUCGCAGAUGUCUCUCAAGGCGCAGCUCCGGCUGGUGCAGCGCGCCAAGGGCUUCACGGGAUCAGGGAAUUCCCGCCCAGCGCCACGGACGUCCUUCAGAAAGAAGAAGAAGACGGAGGAGGAGAGGCAGGAGGACCUGCGCCAGCGCAAGGAGCAGAGCCGCUUCAUCAGCGAGGCCACGCAGAGCCUUCGGAAUCUGUACGGCACUUCCGGCGAUGAGGUCCCGCCGGUGCUGCUCGUCGACGGGUACAACGUCCUCGGCGCGCACGACCCCGCCGUCGCGCUGCGCGACGCAGGCGACUUGCAGGGGGGCCGGCAGAUGAUCGAGGCGAUGCUGGUCGAGUACUCCCAGAGCGAGCGCGUGAAGAUCGUGCUCGUGUGGGACGCGUACCGCAGCGAGAACGCCUCGACGACCGUCGAGACGACCGCGCAGGGGCUCGAUGUUGUGUUUUGCCGCGAGUCCGCCGACAGCUACAUCGUGAACCGCACGGGCGAGUUGCUGGCGUCCGGGACGCCGAACGUGACGGUCGCAAGCAGCGACAAGGAGAUCCAGGAUCUGGCAUUCGGCGGCGGGGCGCUCAGGGUGUCGGCACGGGAGCUCCUGCAGGAGAUGCGGCGCAACGCGUCGCUGGCGCGGCAGGGCAUGCAGGACGCCGCGAUCAAGGCUGCGGCUCACAGCCGCGGCCUUGGCAAGUCAGUCCAAGACAUGGAGGUGCUGGGGCGACUCAACGAGAUGCGUUCGUCGCUGCCCACGACCGACGAGCGCAGAGCUUCUAACGUAGCUGUCUCGUCCCGUGCGGGUGGCGUUUCGGCUAAGGACGCUCGCUCCGAGGGCGGCUUCGGCUCCCUCGCAGAUGCGUUGUUGCCUUUUGCCAGUGAGGAGGCGCUGGAGGAGGCGAAGGCGCGCGAGCAGGAGCUGACCAAGGCGGAGAUCAAGGGGUUGAGCAAGGAACAGCGCCGAAGCCGGUACGGCAAGGACGGCGGCCGGCGUGGCCGGAGCGAGCGGCGAAAUUGUGGGCAGAACCAGCUCGAGGGUGAGAGUGCCCCGCGGAGGCGGCCGGGUGGUCGCGGUGAGAGACGGGAUGGGCGGGGACGGGGGGGCAGGGGCGGAGGCGAAGGCGGCAGGGCAGCGGGCCAGCGGAAACGACGGAACGAUCGGUCUGACCGGAGGAGGAAGGGGACUCGAGGGGACAAGGGGGGAAGUAGAGGAGAGAACAGGAAGGCCGGGCUGGGGGACCCGCGGGAGUUCGGAAUAGAGUCGGACGAGGAAGAGCGGCAGCCGAGGGUCGGAGGCGACGGCCCGCUGUACGGUGUGUGGUAG